AUGCCGCUAGAGAUGAACAAUAUGUUUUCAGAGAAUAUAGUACAAAAAUAUCACCAGAGGUUUAAAGGUGGAAGGAAUGAUGUUUAUGAAAAUAAACGAACAGGAAGACUACUGAAAGUGGAUGAUUACAAUUUAGCAUUACGGAAACCCACUUGGCAGGCUAAUGACUAUUCAACAACUUGGGGGGCAGACAAGGCGGUGGAUGGAAAUUACUCAGACCGCGGAGCACUAGGCAACCAGUGUACAAUAUCAGGGGACUUCCAAAAGACAGCAGAAUGGAGAGUAGAUCUAGAGAGAGUAGUCAGCAUCAGUUACAUCAACAUCUACUACAGGACAGAUAAUAAUCCUGGUUCGUACUCCAAUCGAUUCGCUGGGUUUUACCUCUAUGUCUCCAACACUACGUCAAAAGAAAACGGAAUACUCUGUUUCCAUGAAAUACAGAAUGUGAGUGGUACACCUACAGAAGACCAGAGGAUCAACUGCUCAGUGUACGGCAGAUACGUUAUAUACUACAACGAGAGGAGACCAGGUGUUACGUAUCCUAGUUACUACUCUGAGAAUGCAUUCAAUGAACUAUGUGAAGUGGAAGUUUAUGGAUGCCCUGACUCUAAGUAUUACGGAAAGUAUUGUGAUCAACCAUGUCCAGAAAACUGUUAUGAUCAGAGGUGUAAUAUCUCUACAGGAAACUGUUUUGAAUGUAAACCUGGAUAUAAAGGAUCUCGCUGUAAUCAGAAAUGUGACGGUAGAAUGUAUGGAACUGCCUGCAGUCAAAAAUGUGGUCAUUGCCUUGGUAAUACACAGUGUCAUCACAUCAACGGUUCAUGUUCAGGAGGUUGCUCUGCAGGAUACGAAGGAUCUCUUUGUCAAAAACAAUGCGACGGUGGGAAGUUUGGCUUGAGAUGCAAUAAAACCUGUGGACACUGUCUUAAUGGUGCCCAUUGUCACCACAUCAAUGGAUCAUGUUUAGGAGGAUGUUCCCCUGGAUAUAAGGGAUCCCUCUGUAUCAACAAAUGUGAAGGGGGAAUGUACGGAGCAUCCUGUGGUGAGGAAUGUGGUCAUUGUUUGAAUAAUACACACUGUCAUCAUAUCAACGGUUCUUGUUUAGACGGAUGUUCUCCGGGAUACAAAGGAUCUCAAUGUAAAGAAAAGUGUAGCAGUGGAAUGUAUGGUUAUGACUGCAAUGAAACCUGUGGUCAUUGUUUUGAUGAUGCACAGUGUCUUCAUAUUAACGGCACUUGCUUACAAGGAUGUUCAGCUGGAUAUAAAGGGGUGCUUUGUACUGAAGAAUGUGAAGGUGGUCUGUAUGGUUAUAAGUGCAACCAAACCUGUGGACACUGUUUGAAUGGCUCUCAUUGUCAUCAUAUCAACGGAACAUGUCUAAACGGGUGUUCUAUAGGGUAUAAGCGACCUCUCUGUACAGAUGAAUGUGAUGGUAGAAUGUAUGGUGCUAACUGUGAUGUAAGAUGUGGGCACUGUAUAGAUGACGAGCAAUGUGACUAUAUUAGCGGUACUUGCUUAGGAGGAUGUGCGAUUGGAUACGAGGGGUUGCUUUGUAUUAGAGAAUGUGACAAUGGAAAGUAUGGUGAAAACUGCACCAAACGCUGUGGAAACUGUCGUAAUGGGAGCCCGUGUCACCAUAUGAACGGGACAUGCUUAGCAGGAGGAUGUGCUGAUGGCUUUGUUGGAUCCUUCUGCAGUCAGUCAUUACAAAAUCAAGACAAUACACUUUCGAUAGCUGUUGGAGCGAUCGCGGCCAUUGUUGUUGUACUCGUUAUUGUCGUACUUUUUGUCAUCUUCCAGAGGCGGUCACGGGCAUCGAAAGCCAGUGAUAAAGAGAAAAUAAAGAGCAGUACAGAAAUAAACACAUCUAGUAUAAGUACCACUCCAAAAGAAGGAAAGAUGGGUUUCACAGAUAUUUAUGAAAACAUGAAAGGGACUUCACAAUUCAAAGAGAAGAAGACUGCUACCAAAAAUUCCAAGAAUGAAGGUCAAGAACUGAAAACAGGAACUAAUGAGCGAGACGAGGAUAUUGACAACGAUGAAAAAUUACAUGAAGAAAAUCCAUACGGAGACUUCUAUAUAAAUGAAGAAACAAUCCCAGAUAUAAAUGUAGAACAUCUCGAACAUACCAUUAAGGAGAAACGACAAAAUGAAGAUGAUGGCUUCAAAAGGGAGUACGCGACCAUGCCAUAUGGUGAGAAGUACCCUUGCAACGCUGGAAAACAACCAGAAAACGUACCGAAAAACAGAUUCAAGACAACAUUUCCAUACGAUCAUUCUAGAAUCAAACUGACCAACGGUCAGUCGGACUACAUCAACGCCAAUUAUAUUGACGGUAUUGAUAAGCCAAAUGAGUAUAUUGCAGCACAAGGACCUCGUCAGAACACAGUAACAGACUACUGGUACAUGAUUUGGCAGGAGAGUGUCAACCAAAUAAUAAUGCUUACCAAUCUCAAAGAAGGGAACAAGGCAAAAUGCGUCAAGUACUGGCCAGAUCUUUAUCAGACUACUACCAUUGGUGUUAUUUCUUUACGGGCGGAGGAAGAGCAAAGCUAUGCUAACUAUAAAAUCAGAAAAUUUAGGGUUACUCAUAAAAAGCUUAACAAAUCUCGAAUAGUAACCCAGUACCAUUAUACUGCUUGGCCAGACCACGGGACACCGGAACCGCUCUGUCUUGUAGUUUUUCAUGAUCACGUGACAAGGACAAAAGAUAAGAGUAAUGGUGGACCAACAUUAGUACACUGCAGCGCUGGUAUCGGUCGCACAGGUACCUACAUAGCGAUUGACGCUUUAUACAAGGCGGGAAAGAGGGACAGGAAAGUCAACAUCGCGGAAUAUGUGAAGAAAAUGAGAGAGAACAGAAUGAACAUGGUCCAGACAUAUGAGCAAUACAUGACUAUUUUCCUUGCACUUGACGCUAUGUUCAGAGCUCCAACAUAUGUUUACAACAAACCUGAUUUGCUACGAAAAGCAGAGUUAUUGUCACGUGAUAAACCAGCUAAUGAAAGUGAUCUCAGAAAGGAAUUCCAGAAUCUUCUAAGAGUGAGGCCAACGUACACAGAAGCGGAUUACAAAUUUGCUUUACAAAGCGCCGGAAAUAAAUCAGCUGUUCUUCCACUUGACAAGUAUAGCCUCUAUCUGUCGUCAAGUGUACCAAAGCGUGGCAAUUACAUCAAUGCAGUUACACUUCCCUCUUACACAAAAAAUAAAGCCUUCAUAGUAACAUACUAUCCUCCACCAGAGGACGCUGUUGACUUCCUGCGCCUGCUCACUGAUCACGAGUCAGACGUUGUGAUAUGUAUGGAUCCCCUCAAUAAAGUUGAAUCGACUAAAAAGUGGCUUCCAGCUGCCAAUAGUGUAAAGACUGUGUCCCCAUUCACAGUAAACUGUGGGCAAGAACAAGUUACAGAAAUUAAAUGUACAACUAUCAGCAUUACCCAGGAUGGGACAAAUGAACAAAGGAGCUCAGUGUCCAUUGUAGAGCCAAAGGGAGGCUUAAAAACAACAGAAGGUACCCAGGCUACGGCGCAGAUGUUACGUUUGGUGACCUUCGCUCUUCAAAGUGAAACGGAGGGUCCUAUUACCAUCGUCAGCAGUGACGGAGCAGUCCUAUGUGGUGUAUUCUGUGCUGUAUAUAACACACUACAACAGUUGUCUAUGGACGGAGAGGUGGACAUUUUCUCAACUGUCCGUCAGUUACAAAUAAGACGUCCAGAACUCUGCUCCUCAAUGGAAGAGUACAUGAUGAUUUACAAUGUUGUUUUGGACUACAUUCGUGCACAGGAGGAAACAGAGGAAAAUAUUUACAGCAAUCAGUGAUUUAAUUCUAUACUGAAAGCGAAGAAAACAUCAUGAAAGCCUUCGGAAGAACUUAGUUAAUUCAUCUUUUCUUGAAGUAAAAAAGCAGCAAUAAGAAAAUCCUUAUUUUUAUUUUAAUAUUGAUAUGUAUCAUAAAAAAAAGAAAUCGUUCUCCAUAUCUUAUCGCGAUUUAUGUUCAUAAAUA